UUCUCCUCACAAACUCUCACCACUUGGUAGUUGGUACCUCAACCUAGAAACAGUGUGUGUGAACCUUGAAAAAAAAAAACAAGAAAAUCUUGAAGAAAAAAUGGAGGGCAAGGAAGAAGAUGUUAAGUUGGGAGCAAACAAGUACUCAGAAAGACAGCCAAUUGGGACAUCAGCACAAACUGACAAAGAUUACAAGGAGCCACCACCAGCACCUUUGUUUGAGCCAGGAGAGUUGUCUUCAUGGUCAUUCUACAGAGCUGGUAUUGCUGAGUUCAUUGCCACUUUCUUGUUCUUGUAUAUCACUGUGUUGACUGUCAUGGGUGUGGUCAAAUCUCCAACCAAAUGUGGUACUGUUGGUAUUCAAGGUAUUGCCUGGGCUUUUGGUGGUAUGAUCUUUGCCCUUGUCUACUGCACUGCUGGUAUUUCAGGAGGACACAUAAACCCAGCAGUGACCUUUGGCCUGUUCCUAGCAAGAAAGCUAUCAUUGACCAGGGCAGUGUUCUACAUGGUGAUGCAGUGUCUUGGAGCCAUAUGUGGUGCAGGUGUGGUCAAAGGUUUCCAAGGCAAAAACCGGUACAAUACUUUGGGUGGUGGAGCCAAUGUUGUAGCCCAUGGUUACACCAAGGGAAGUGGUCUUGGUGCUGAGAUUGUUGGUACUUUUGUCCUGGUUUACACUGUUUUCUCAGCCACUGAUGCCAAGAGAAGUGCCAGAGAUUCACAUGUUCCUAUUUUGGCCCCUCUCCCAAUCGGGUUUGCAGUGUUCUUGGUUCACUUGGCCACGAUCCCCAUCACCGGAACUGGUAUCAACCCAGCAAGAAGCCUUGGAGCCGCGAUCAUCUACAACAAGGACCAUGCAUGGGACGACCACUGGAUCUUCUGGGUUGGUCCCUUCAUUGGAGCUGCACUCGCCGCUAUGUACCAUCAAAUAGUCAUCAGGGCCAUUCCCUUCAAGAGCAGAUCUUAAUUUAUUGAAAGGUAUUAUGUGAAUUGUGUGUGUAAAUUAUGGUCCUAAAUUGGGUGCUAUUUGUAUUUAAGCUCAAUGUGCUUUGUUUAUCAACUAUUUCUAUGAAUGAUCGACUCUUUGUUUGAACAUAUGUUUAGAGGAACAUCUUUUGGUUUCA